UCACUUUUUAGUGUCCCCUAGAAAGAGUUUCCCUUGUGUUGUGAGCUUCUUGCAGCACUUUUUCUGAAUGUGGCGCAUGUUUCGUCAAUCGCAUGUUGUCAAAUUAGUGAAGACGUGUCUUCAUUUGCUUAUGUUAUGUCUAUUUGCAUGUGUUUUCUUAAUUUGCAUUGUGUUGAGCUCUCAGGGCCACCGUACUUUACAACAUAGUAACCAAAUAAUUUUGUUGCCUUAGUCUAACCUAUUUUUUUUUUUUUUAACCUUUACUUAACCAGUAAGUCCCUUGAAAUAGAAAUAGCUUUUCUGAGGGAGAAGAGUGAAGACAACAUGGCAGUUACAGUUUAAAUAGAAAUAAAACACAACCGAUUGGAAAUCAAUCCAUAAUCAUCAAACACACAAGAAACACACAAGACAACAAUAUCCAGCUCAAAUAAAGUAGUUGCAUUUCUCUGUUACAUGGACUAUAUAUUCAUAUUCCAAUUCCAUACAGGUCCAAGUCCAAAUUCACAAUGUUAACCAUGUGUUUAAAACUGCAAACUGAAACAAACUAAAUCUGGGAGAAAAUAUGUUUCCCUCGAAAGGUAAAUGAAAAUGCAGUUUAGGAGGCAGUGUUGGGGGAAAAAGACGCUGGAAGCUUUUUUUUUUUUAACAAGACUUUGAGGGUUCAUUAACAGACAAAAAACAGCUGGAUAAGAAGAUCCCCACCCCCACCUCCUGCAACACAUCAUCUGCAGCCCUGAAACCUGCAGCUGCCUGAAGGAAGUCUGCAACAACUGAUGGAUGAUUUGGAAAAAUGAUCAGUGAUGACGUGAAGACGGCCAGCUGGUUUCUGAUUCACACACACACACACACAUACACACACACACACACACACACACACACACACACAUAUCAAAUAUAACCUUUAAUUUGUGAAUAUUUGUUUUGUGGAUUAUUUGAGCUCAUAUGUGAAGUGACUGCAUGUGUGAGAGGACAAACAUACAUGAAACACAUCAUACAAAGAGACCUGCAGUGUAAACAGACCUGCAGUGUGUGUGUAGAUGUGUGUGUGAGAUAAGGUCUCCAGCCUGCAGGUUGUUCCAGGCUUCAAUAAAAGGACAGCAGAUGCUCACAAUUACUGACACACACACACACACACACACACACCAGCAACGCAAAUGAUACACCCUCUGACCUGUGCGUGUGUGUGCAUCCAUAAUGUCAGUUUUUAUCAGAAUAAAAGAGAAGAGACAUCCUCCUCCGUCCUUCCUUCAGUCCUUCCUUGUCUCCUUGUCUCCUCUGUCCUCUGCUCUCUCCUCCCCUCAGGUCAGAUAUAUAGUGUCUCCAUCAGCAGCUGAAGAAACCAGAACAAGAGCAUCACUUGCCAGGUAGGAGCCACCUGUCUCUUCUUUGGAGAAUCAAAUCAAUGAAGAGAGAGGGACAGACAAGAUGGACAGAGAUAAGAGAAUGAAAGACAUGGCCUGGCUUUGUCAGAGUCGAGGUUCUCCCAGACUUGCCCUGGUGGUGGUGUUUGUUGCUCUACUGCUCGACAACAUGCUGCUCACUGUGGUCGUGCCGAUCAUCCCAACCUUCCUCUACGCCAUGGAGCAUCCUAGUCUGGAGCCCCAGACCGCCCAGCCAUCCCUGCUCCCUCUGCCCACCCUUGGUGCAUCACGCUUGGGCACUGUGCCCUCCCAGUCCCCCUCCCUGAGGUCAAACCUCCGGACCUUCAGCCAGACCUCCCAGAGCUUACAGCUCCCUCGGCCCAACAAUAGUGCACCGUACCACGGUACACAAUCAGAGCAGAGUCCCAAGUCGUCUCCUCUGGUGUCUCUGUUCGACAAUUCAACAUUCAGUCUGCAGGAGAUCCUGACCGAACCCACCCCAGACCAGAGCAGCCCGACCGCAGAGCUGCAGAUCAACGAAACCACUAAUGCUACAGAGUCCUCCUGUCUUCUGGACAGUGCGUUUCUGGAAGAGGAAAAUGUUCGUGUUGGUUUGUUGUUUGCCUCUAAAGCUCUCGUCCAGCUGCUUAUCAACCCGUUUGUCGGCCCGCUCACCAACAGGAUUGGGUAUCACAUCCCCAUGUUUGCUGGUUUCAUCAUCAUGUUUGGGUCAACUAUCAUGUUUGCGUUCUCAGGGACGUACGCUCUGCUGUUCCUCGCUCGCUCUCUGCAGGGAAUCGGCUCGUCCUUCUCGUCCGUAGCAGGUCUGGGUAUGUUGGCCAGUGUGUACACUGAUGAUGAGGAGAGAGGAAUCGCCAUGGGCAUCGCACUGGGAGGACUGGCUAUGGGGGUCUUGAUUGGAGCUCCAUUUGGCAGUGUGAUGUACGAGUUUGUGGGGAAGCGCGCUCCCUUCCUGAUUUUGGCCUUCCUGGCCAUGUUUGAUGGAGCAUUACAGCUGUUCAUCCUGCAGCCUUCAAAGAUCUCUCCAGGGAGUGUGGAAGGGACUCCGUUACUGACUCUGUUAAAGGAUCCGUACAUUCUCAUCAGUGCAGGUUCUCUGUGUUUCGCCAACAUGGGUGUAGCCAUCUUAGAGCCGACUCUGCCCAUCUGGAUGAUGCAGACCAUGUGCUCCCCUAAAUGGCAACUUGGUAUGGCCUUCCUCCCUGCCAGUAUCUCCUACCUGAUAGGAACAAACCUGUUCGGUGUUCUGGCCAACAAGAUGGGACGGUGGCUCUGCUCUAUGUUGGGGAUGUUUAUCGUUGGCAUCAGUUUGCUGUGUGUUCCUUUUGCCACCAGUAUCUAUGGUCUGAUUGGACCAAACGGAGGUCUGGGCUUCGCUAUAGGUAUGGUGGACUCCUCCAUGAUGGCCAUCAUGGGUUACCUGGUCGACAUCCGUCACGCCUCUGUCUAUGGCAGCGUCUACGCCAUUGCUGAUGUUGCGCUGUGUAUGGGGUUUGCUAUAGGACCAUCCACAGGGGGUGCUCUGGUUCAGGCAGUGGGUUUUCCCUGUCUCAUGGUGUUUAUCGGGGUGAUCAACAUUCUGUAUGCUCCACUCUGCUUCCUGUUACGUAACCCUGCUGUCAGAGAGGAGAAAAUGGCGAUCAUCGACCAGGAGUGUGUGAUGCACAGGAAAAGCUACAACACACAGAAGGAGAGUCGUGAGUUUCCUCUGAGCGACUACAGUGAAGAAGACACGGAGGAGUGAAUCACACACACACACACACACACACACACCUGAUGAUGUCCAUGUUGUGAUGUUUUCUUCACCAAACACAUUUUAACCUUCAUCAUUAGACUUCCUGUCUUCACACAGUCAGAACACCAACAUCGAACACUUCUUAAAGGGACAGUGUCCCCUUACAUGUCUUUAAUAUAAUUAAUCUGAUUAAUCAUCAGUUCACACAGUCAGGGUUCUGUAAAUAAUUUCAUUAUAAAAGCAUGGAGGCUGUGACAGAUGUUUUGAUGCCUUGGGCAUGUUUACAGAGUUACUAAUUUGAACAUAUUUAUGCAAAUUCCAUUAAAAGAUGCCUGAUUGCCUCCAAAUUACUGUUCACUAAGCCCAUCCCCUCCUUAGUUGUUGCUACCCAUGUCAAUCUUUGUUUUCUAAAAUGUUAUAUACAGUUUACAGUGACAACAACAGGAAUGUAUAAUAACUAAAUAUAAUCUGUACUCCUGCCUUCUCCAAACUGGGGGCAUGAUGACCGCCAUUUGCUGUAGGUAAUACACUGACUAUGGAUAAUUACCAUAUACAAACCCACUUCAAAAGAUCCAAACUAUCCCUUUAAGAUUUGGACGUUGUUUAUCGUGAAAAAAAAAAGUCUCCUACACCAAACCCUUUAAUUAUUUUAGGGGGUUUGGCAUCAAGUAAGGAGAUUUCCAAGUAAAUGUGAGUUUGCUUUAGGGGAACAUGUGUUGCUCAUCAUUAAUCUUUUUUAA